UGGUAAACUUAGUAAUUUCCUAAAGGUAACUACGUUAAUCAAGUUUUCAGCGGCUUAACCUUUCGUAACCUAUAAAUAGAUUUCAAGGUCAAAUCGCUUUUUGAUGUGUUCGUGCAAUGAACUCUGAAUUCGUAAAAGACGUUUCAACUGUGUGUAAUUUUGUUUAUGUGCAAACCAGAAACGCGGUGAUUCGAUCUUGGGACUUGCCCGGUGGAUGGCUGCACAGCCUUCGAUCAAAGGAAGGUGACAAUACCGAUGCUGCAAACGUGGAAUAUAACCCAUGGCCGUCGUAUACCUUUACGGGAAAGCUGAGGCCGUUCCCGGCAGGGCCAAAACGCACUGUGCCGCCUCAUAUAGGUCGUCCGGAUUACGCUGAUCAUCCGACCGGGUUCCCGGCUUCAGAGUAUGCUGCUAAAGGUUCAGCUCAAAUCAAGAUCCUUGACGAUGAAGAGAUUGAGGGCAUGCGUGUUGCUUGCCGCCUCGGCAGAGAAGUUCUGGAUGAAGCAGCUAGAGUGUGUGAUGUAGGAGUUAGCACAGAUGAGAUUGACCGUGUAGUCCACGAGGCUUGCAUUGAACGGGAAUGUUACCCAAGUCCCCUGAAUUACUAUAAUUUCCCCAACAGUUGUUGUACUUCAAUUAAUGAGGUUAUAUGUCAUGGAAUACCAGAUUUACGUCCAUUACAGGAUGGGGACAUAUGCAAUGUUGAUGUAACAGUUUACCAUAGAGGUUUCCAUGGUGAUCUAAAUGAAACCUUUUUUGUCGGGAAUGUACCAGAGACUACUCGUAAAUUAGUUCAGGUCACCCAUGAAUGCUUACAGAAAGCCAUAGAUAUAGUCCGUCCUGGUGAAAAGUACAGGGAGAUUGGCAAUGUAAUACAGAAACAUGCUCAAGCAAAUGGAUAUAGUGUAGUAAGAUCUUAUUGUGGUCAUGGCAUACAUAGAUUGUUUCAUACGGCUCCAAAUGUACCACAUUAUGCUAAAAACAAAGCUAUUGGUAUUAUGAAAGUAGGACAUUGUUUCACAAUAGAACCAAUGAUCAAUGAAGGAGGCUGGCGGGAUGAGCAGUGGCCCGAUCACUGGACAGCCGUGACCGCUGAUGGAUCAAGAUCUGCACAGUUUGAACAAACCCUUCUAGUAACAGAAUCGGGCUGUGACAUUUUAACCAAACGUAACACGGGAAGACCCUGGUUCCUUGAUCAACUCGAGAAAAUUGAAGCGAAGGAUAAGUCUUAGUCCAAACUCCAAUGCCAAACACAUACUAAGAAAAACUCGUUUUUUUUUUUUUUUUAUCAAAAAGUUUGUAUGUUUAGUGCUGAAGAAAUUAAUGUAACAAAAACAUUAUGUAUUAAUAUUUAAAAAAAAACGAUAAAAUAUGGUUUAAUUUUC